AUAAUUGUUCCGCCAUGCUAACCGCGAAUGCAUUGUACAACAUUGUUCGUGCUAAUAUAAACAUUACGAUGAAGAAGAGAUGCGCGAAUAAUUCAUUAAAACAGCAAGAAGCUCAUGCAGGAAACAGAAGGAACAAGAGAUUAUCAUCUGUGCACACCGAGAUUGCAAUCUUAAAGCCAGCAAAGGAGUCGCGUAUCGCAAAUCCGACAAGAGCGAACCGGCCGAUCAUCGAAGAACUACUGUAACCGUGACAACAGUUCGAUAAGAAUAAAUACAAGGUGUGUCACGCAAAUGCGAUUGAGAGUACGCGCACGGGAAUCGUUCAUACGGCAUGGGUGAAAGUUAGCGAAAGAUAGAUGUGGAAUCCUUCGAACUAUAAAGAAAGUGCAUUCUGCCGAGAAGAUAGAAGAGUCAAUGACUUUCGAAUAGCAGUUUUCAUUCGUACGAGCAAACGAUCAGGUUUGGUUAGCUUAAGCGUUACGUCUAUGGACUUUCUUUCUAAUUUUCUAAUUGGGGGGAAAACGAGAUAAACUGGUCGACCAUAGCUAGCCAUAGCCAUGGAUUCAUGCAUAUGCCUAUAAUACUCUAAAAACGAAGACUCUAGCAUAUCUAAUUAAUUACAGCUUCAGAACAUUGGGCAAACAGCAAUCACUGUGUUAUUCACCAUUUUUUUUUAAAUUAGCAAUAAUCUUGUCAGUGGUUACCAAAUGGAAAACAUGUUUACAGAAAAUCCAAUUUACGACAUUGUGUACCUGUUAAAAACGGCUAAGAGAUUUAUACAGAACUCAUUAAAGAGUAGUAAAAUGGUAAACAUAAUCUGAGAUUAGAUGGUUUUAGUAAAAGAGAUAAACAAAAGAAUGAACAGAGAGGAAUAGAAAAGGAUAUAAGAAUAGAAAAAUUUAGAACAUGUGGGCAAUUGCGGUAGGAUCAGAAUGUGUAAAUCGGUCUCGUAACAAACCUGUUUGCUGGUCAGGCAAUUCUGGUUUUUAGAGAGGACCGGGUCACCAGUUGUUGGUUGUUACGUUUGGCUACCACCGGUUGUAGACUUGCACGUUAUCGGCAUUCACUAGGGAAAGGGAACCGCGUCCCGAUGACAACGUGAACAUGAAAGAUUCGCGCGACGACUGGUCCGCGCGAACAUCCACGACUUAUUAAAGCAAACGUCGGCCGUGAAAUUGCGCAAAGAGGAGGGAUCAAUGAGCGGCGGAGGCAUGAGUGUGGAUACAGUCUUUGACCGGCAUCGAUCCAGUCUGUUGAUCGAAACGCUACUAUUCAACUCCCCUAAAUCCAGGGUGCGAAUACAACCCCGCCUCGGCAACUGGUGAGACCUAAGCAACGCUUCGGCGGCUAAAGGACUUCUGGAAUCUAUCCUUCGCAGUGGCAAAUACAUUAGUGUUAGUAUUAAUUCCAAUGCUCAUCUGCGAAGGUAUAGACAAGUGACAUCUCAGUCAGUCCGCGGAAUCCAUCCAGUGGUGUGGACAAAAGUCUGAGAUGUCUGAAGUAGACUUCGAGGAGUUCGCGCUCUACUACGAUUUUGGUCGAAUAGUACUUAGCUCUCUUCUUGGGUCAAAUAUGAUAAAAAUUGUAGAAUGGACAGAUCACGAAUAUCUCGUUAUUCAUCGCCUCACGAUUUUUACCUCAAGAAAAUUUCCUUAUAGCCAACACGAGUCAAGACGUGGUCUUCCUCCUUCUAAUAUACCUUGCUCUGUCCAGGCAUGGUCUACCGCAUAUAACGUCGAUUAGCAUAAGUCCAAAAACUACGUCCGGUCAGAGCUGGCUGUUUUAGCUGGCACAGAUAACUCUUCGAAUGAAAGAUAAUCGAUAAAGAUAAUUCCCCGAAUCCAUGGCAGUUGAUUAUUAUUUAAAAGGCGCUACAAUCUAGCUAGAGCGUCCUCGACUGUGGAGGAAAUAGUUCUUCUGUCCUAGGUAAUUCAUAAGUGUGGAAGGAACUGGACCUUUGAUCAGUUUAGUCAACUCGGGAAUGUUACGGACAGGGAAAGUUUGUCUGUAUUAAUGAGCAGCACCGUUGAUCUCUACGGGAGUUCUGGCUGGACACGAUGUGCGGAUGAAAAAUUAAUCCGACAAAUGGUUGAUCCCGUUAGCGUUCUCUAUACAUGUGAAGUGUACUGGAGCAUGGGAGAAAGUACUGAUUGAGAAAUUGAAGAACUCCCGCUUGAAUGAACUUUCAAAGGGACUGCUCUGCUUAAUGACGACACUAAAUGCGCGAAGUCAACAGGAAAGACGACAGUAAAAAAAUGCGUACCGCCGCGAUGGUUUCCCGUUUUCUUUUAGGUUUACCAAGAUUUUCACGUGUAAAGCAUUUGGAGUGCGCUGAUACACAAGGAAAAUAUUUAUGAAUCAUCAGAUAUCAUCCUAAUGCGGUUGAACUUUCACUCAUACUGAUUGUUCGGCAGAAUGGUUCUAAUAUCCGAGCCGUUAUUGUUUGUACUAGCUUUAAUCGAUACCGGUUCAGUACUUUUUCUCCUGGUGUAUUUCCUCAUAACAUUAUCGGACUUAGAAUGUGACUAUAUAAAUGCUCGUCAGUGUUGUACAAAGCUGAACACGUGGGUGGUAACAAAACUUGUAGCACAUUUAUUCUUAGAAUGUAUGUUGUUACUCCAUGGACAAUUUAUAUUAUUCUAUGUGAACUUACCAAUGACACUAUGGUUACUCUACGAAUAUUAUGGAGUUCCCAAAGGUAAUAUGGGUGUCUAUGAUCCCACAGAGAUUCACAACCAUGGCCAAUUAAAGAGGCAUAUAAGAGAUUGUAUGAUCUAUCUUGGAUAUUAUCUUAUAUUCUUUUUUAUUUACCUGUACUGCAUGAUCAUUGCAUUACUGAAAGGAGAUCCAAUUAAUAGAGAUGAAGCAGAUAUCGUGGAAUCAUAACAAGUUUAACAAUACUAGCAACA